AUUGUCAAAUAAGCAACGGUCCGCAGCUGUUCAUUUCAUUUUUACCUUUGAUUUCCGAUGUGUAAUUGCUCAUGACCUCAAUCAAACUGCAUUGAUCCAAUUCCCAAACUCGCAAAUCGUGUGUUUCCCCUUAACAAAGCCUUUGUUCUCUGCAAAACAGAUCGAAUAGUGUACAUCAACAUCGACUCACCAUCCCUCUGUUUACAUUCCCGACGCCGCCGACGUUUUUGCCCUGCUUUGGUUCAAUUUAUGCUCCCAUCCAGUUAAUUUAUCGGACAACCGCUUAGAUUAUGAGAGUAAUUAGCUUGUGUGGAAACUGCAUUUGAGUGACUCAUGGAACCAGCUUCUGCUUAUUCUUCAUCUCAACCUACUCCUCCAGUUUCUAGUGCUGAAGAACAACACUCAACCAAAGUAACAGGACAGAUCAACAAUGCACAUGAUUCACCAUCAACGUUAUCUGCUUCUGGCAUGUCAUUAUGGACAAAACAUCUGAAAUUUCCAGGCCUUGGCCUUGGACAAGCACAACAGGAUUCACAGACCGAUAACACAGGCAUAUCAGCUUUUGCUCGCCUGACUGGUGGGCUUGGAUUGCGAACGCAGUCAAAAGAAACUGCUGCUCCAGUCAAUUCGGGACCUGAUCAAUCUAAUUUAAUUGAAUCCUUCGCCAAAGGGUUGAUGGACUCUUCCAAGAGUGCAGUAAAAGCUGUCCAGGUCAAAGCACGCCAUAUCGUCUCUCAGAAUAAACGUAGAUACCAGGAAGAUGGAUUUGAUUUGGAUAUGACAUACAUCACUGAAAAUAUAAUUGCUAUGGGAUUUCCGGGUGGUGAUAUUAGCUCUGGAAUUGUUGGAUACAUUGAGGGGUUCUAUCGCAAUCACAUGGAAGAAGUGAUCAAGUUUUUUGAAACACAUCAUAAGGGUAAAUACAAAGUAUACAAUCUUUGUUCAGAAAGGUUAUAUGAUGGAUCAUUAUUCCAGGGGAAGGUUGCAACUUUCCCAUUUAGUGAUCAUAAUUGCCCCCCUAUUCAACUUAUAGCAUCAUUCUGUCAAAGUGCAUAUUCAUGGUUGAAGGAGGAUAUUCAAAAUGUGGUGGUUGUUCAUUGUAAAGCUGGUAUGGGGAGGACUGGACUGAUGAUAUGUUGUCUUCUUUUGUCUCUUAAGUUCUUCCCAACUGCAGAGGAAGCUAUUGAUUACUUUAACCAUAAAAGAUGUGUAGAUGGAAAGGCUCUAGUCCUCCCUAGUCAAAUAAGAUAUGUAAAAUACUUUGAACGGACUUUAACACAAUUCAAUGGAGAAGUCCAGCCUGGUCGAAGGUGCUUACUAAGAGGGUUCCGGCUUCACAAGUGCCCUUAUUGGGUUAGACCAUCUAUUACAAUUUCUGAUCAUAAGGGAGUUUUGUUUGCCACAAGAAACCAUCCCAAAACAAAAGAUCUAUUGCCAGAAGAUUUCUGGAUCAGUCCACCGAAGAAAGGAAUUGUGGUUUUUGCUCUACCAGGAGAACCUGGUCUAGCAGAGUUGGUAGGAGACUUCAAACUUCAUUUUAAUGAUAGACAAGGAGAUUUCUACUGUUGGAUGAAUACAACAAUGACAGAAAAUCGAAUAAUUUUAGAUGGUUCAGAUUUUGAUGGUUUCGACAAGAGGAAGAUCCCCGCUCCAGGAUUCCGGGUGGAAGUUGUCAUGAUAGACUAUAAUGGCACCCUACCUUCAAGGACAAAAGCAAAUUCCGCCAGCAAAGGAUCUGACCGAAACACAAUCAAUGCCCUACCUGGUCCAAAGCCUACUACAUCUAAUUCAACUGAGAGUAAACUCCCGAGAAAUGAAGAUGAUGUAUUCUCAGACAGUGAUGAAGAGGAGGGCCGAGAUACACAAAGCAAGAAAGCUGCAACUGAGUACAAAUUUCAUCAAGCUUCUGAGGAGACAACAGACCACGUAGGGAUGUUGACACACUCAACUGAUCGAUUGUCACUAAAGCAUGAGGCAGGCAUGCAGAACAAUACUUCUGAACAAUCAACUGCAGAUGAACAUAAUAAAAUUCAUACAGGCAAUAGCAGCACAAACGUGGAAUCUGUAGGGGCAAGUGACAUCAAGGCAAUUGCAGCAGAUGCUUCAGUUUUUUCCUUUGGGGAUGAAGACUUUGAAAGUGAUUGAAAGGAGGUGGGAUGAACUGCUUAUCCAUUUCAUUCCUAUUAAGGAAAGGCAUUAGGCAUUACAGGAAUUCAUUGGUUUCUCCCAAUUUGUUGUGAAAUGAACUUUCCUGUAUUUGUUUAUUUAUACCUUGUAUAUUUUUAAUUUACACAUUUAUGUGAUUCUUUCAAGUUUUCUA